CAUUUCUAAUCAAUUACAUUUAUAACCAAGCUUUGAGCAUAAGAAUCCAAUAAAAUCAUGUUGCGAUUUACGUCUAUGGUUUUCUUAUUUUUACUGUCGUCAAUAUUGUUAAAUAAUCUCCAUAUUUAUAAAGUUCAAAGCAUACUCUUAGGAGAAAAUACCGCAACUCCAGUUGGCGACGAUAGCUCGGUUAAACAAUCAUUCAGUAUAGUGUCUGACGGGCGAAAAUUAAACUCUACCGGUCGUCGUAAUGUAACAUUACCUGGUGGUACCAACGUUUUUGAAGGAGGGAGUACUGGUUUCGAUGAUAAUGGUGUUUUCACCCAUCAAGAUGAUGGUUUGAAUACUCCCUUCGGUGACGUUCGACUCAAGGCCGAUGCCAGACGUUAGCUUGAAUAGUGAAUCAAGGAGAGUGGAAAAAAUAUUGAUCAUUUG